AUGUACGAUGCCUCUAAAGAUCCGGAGGACCACCUUUCGAUUUUCUUGACGCAUAUGCGCCUGCAAACCGCCGCGGAUGAGGUCCGCUGCAAGACCUUCCCUAUGUUCCUAAAGGGGAAGGCACGGCUCUGGUUCCAGGGACUGGCGCCGGGGUCUAUCCGGAGCUUUCCCGAGCUGGCUCGGCAGUUCGCAGCCCAAUUCGUCUCCUCGAAGGUCUACGCGAGGAACGCAACUCACCUGAUGUCCAUCAGGCAAAGGCCCGACGAGUCACUGAGGAAUUUUAUGACCCGUUUCAAUGCGGAUAGCUUGCAGGUCAGGGACAAUGACGAAAAAGUGGUGAUGGCCGCCUUCAAGAAUGGGCUCAGGGUAGAGGAGCUUUUCUACGACCUGGCCAAGAAACCUCCCGUCAACCUGGAGGAGCUCUUACGCAGGGCGCACGAGGCCGCUAAUUCGGAGGAGGCAGGUCGUCUGAAGAAAGAAUCAGAUCGGGAGUUUGGAGAUCGGAAAGGUCGGACAAACCCCCCAGAGGGCAAGGACGUCCCGUCCAAGAAAAACGUCUUCGACCGGCUCUCGAAGGAGAAGGCCCCUGCUCCGCCGCCACUCCCAGAGAAGACCUACACCCCUCUAACACGGCCCAGAGCCCAGAUCUUGGCUGUUAUGGAGGCGGAAGGACUGGGAGAUCGGCCGCCCAAGAUAGGGACGCCCCGGAACAAAAGGAACCAGGACAGGUACGAGGGACGGCGUCGAGACCGCCCUGAGCGGCGCGACGCUCCUCGGAACCCCUCCCCCGACCUGGAGAGCCAGAACCUAGCGGGGGUUAUAAACACUAUCGCCGGAGGCCCCACGGGGGGAGACAGUCACACAGCUAGGAAAAACAGGCGACCACCCCCCGAGGGAGACGACUCCUUGAAACGCCUGCGCAUGGACGAGGAGAUCACCUUCGGACCAAGAGAUGCAGUUCCCCUAGCGAUUGGGAAUCACGAGACUAUAGUGAUAGACAUUGUCACCAACAACUAUCGGGUGAAGAAGGUGUAUGUCGACCAAGGUAGCGCGGUCGACAUUAUGUUCUACCGGGUGUUCAAAGAGCUCGGACUGAGGGACGACCAGCUGACCCCGGUUCGAACACCUCUGGUGGGCUUCACAGGACCACCCAUCAAUCCGGAGAGAAUGAUCACCCUGAUGAUCACUGUAGGGCAGGCCCCCAAAUGCCGGACCAUCCCUGUCAAUUUCGUGGUGGUCAAACAGCAAUCCUCAUACAACGUGUUCCUGGGCCGGCCAGCUCUGAACGCCCUCCGAGCUAUUCCGUCCACCCUCCAUCUCAGCGUGAAGUUCCCCACUCCAGGAGGGAUUGCCUAG